AUGGCGCUUCGCUCGUGCUCUCGUCACUCGUCUCCUCCUGCCUCACCUUCUCCCCCACCGUCUCCUCCUCCGCCUCCGCCCUGCCUCGCGUGCCCUUCCACAGAGGCAUUGCCUCUGGUUCUGCCCCUUACAGACCAAACAUCAUGCCCGUCUCGUUUGAAAUUUCGGCAGCAGCUCCUGACGCGCUUAGGACUUCCGUCCACGGUUGCGUACCUCCCUCUAACGGAACUGCCUCCCCGCGCUCUUCGAUGCCUGUGCGCACAGCUCAUUGACAGUUUCCGUAUUUGCUACAUGAGCGACCAAGAUCUCUACUUUGCAGACGCGGUCGCACUGGAGCUGCACAAAGAGGCAAGGCGACGGAGGCGAGAGCGAAGGGAUGGAAAGAAGGGGGCGUCAACGCAGGCGAAAGAUGUCUCCGAGAUAUGCGCAGAGCACGAUGGCGUGACUGAACACACAGGGACAGACAGUGAGGACAGCCGAAUGCCCCCGGAGGUGCGAGGAGCUGCUGGGGUCCUCCCCAUUGUGAUGGCACCCGAUGUGCUCGAAGAAUGGGGGUUACUUAGUGGAUGUGAAUCUCCAUCGAACCUCCGGCGUGCCCUCUUUGAAAUUCAGAACCGCCUCCGCUACCUCUCCCUCAGGGAAGGUGAGACAAACGCCGCAAUCCCGCCGAUGGCGGAAUAUGCCGCUGUGUCACUGGGGCCCUCUGCUUCUUCGAGCUCGGCUAGCCCUGCCUCGUCUCCGCCGGACCGAGCGGUCACACUCCGUCAGUACAUCAGCCAUAUGCAGCAUCUGAUUGAUCGCUUCUGCGCCCCAGCCAACGCGCCGGUGGGAGCAGAUGCAGAGGUCGACGUUUCCUUCACAAAGAAGUAUCAUGAGGAAGCCAAGAAACUGGGAGUGCAUAUACAUCCAUCCAUCCAAAUUGUGAAGAUUCCGGGAGCAGGGCGAGGGCUUAUGGCUUCGGAGUCGAUUCCAGCUGGCACACCUGUUGUCGAUGUCCCGGAGAAAGCCAUGCUGAACGUGUAUGCAGACAUGCUCCCGCCGCCCCGCGACGAGACUCAGCAGCCCCUCCUUGUUGGCCCUCCAGAACUCCCGGAAUUUCUGGGAGAUACCCCUUUGAUGCGGACCAUAGACGAGAGCCAGCUGAAGGCGUUUUCUCUGUUUCGCCGUCUUCUCCCUGUACUGAGAGACACUUUUGGGUCCUACGAAAAAUUUGUGGCUCUGUGCUUCUGCGAGAAGGCGAGAGACUCACAUAUGGAAGGCAAUGCAGGCGACGACACCGACGAAGAGAAACUAAGGGCCCACUGGGCGGAGAUCUCUGCGUUUCUGCAGUCUUUGGAUCUACAGAAAUUCAUAUGGGCGCAGAGCCUCAUGGGGUCGAGGGCGUUCUCCGUCAAGGUGCCUCCUCCAGUUGUCCUACCUGGCUGGCAGGUGGAGGAACGUAGCGAAGAGACGAACGCAGAAAACCACGAAGAAGUGCAGAGACCCGCGGGAGGGGAGGACGUGCACGAAAGCAAUAGCGACGAACACUUCGCAGCGAAUGAGGGGACUAAAGAAUAUUCCUGGCACGGCGGGCUCACUGCGGCCAAGGAGAAGCGCGCGACUGUCAGUGGAAACGAGAGUGGCUCAGAGAGUUCGAAGACCGAAGGCGCCGCGCUCGUAGGCGGGGCAGAAAAUGGAGACAACGCGGCGGCGCCAGAAGGGUCAAUGAAAAGAGCAAAAGUCUGCGGUGACUUGGAAAUGCUACACCCACAGACAUCGUCUGGAGGUCGCACCGGGCGAGCCCGGUCAGGCGGACCUGGCGCGGUGGAAGGUCGAGAACAGUCCAGAGGAGCAGUGGAAGAAGACGCUGCGAGUGACUCAGACUCGGUUCCUUUCCUCCCUGAACUCCGCGAACGCCGAAAUGACCCACCGGUUUAUAGAGCUCGUUUCUGCAGCUCGUCGUCGGGAGGCAUGCCGCGGUGCUCUCCGGGUUCUGCUGGAGGAGACGCACAAGAAGGAGACCCUGCUCCUGUGAUUUGUGUUCCCGACCACCCCACAACAUUCCUUCUCUUUGCAGACAUGAUGAAUCACCACGUUCACUCCCAGUGUGCUUUUCCUUUCUUCGAUAGCGCCACGCGAAGCGCCCGCAUGGUCGUCCAGGCACACGUUCCUCCAGGUGCACAGCUUUUCAUGUUCUACGGGCCGAUGCAAUCGUGGGAACUUUUUGCUCAUUACGGAUUUUCCACGUCUUCCUUCUUCGCUCUCGAAAACAACCACGCGCACACGAAGGACAACAGUGCUGACCAAGACGCUGCCGUCACCCGGGAGAGGCCCCCUGCUGCGGGAACUGGAACUUCACGCUCGAGAGGAACGGUACAGAGCAGAUGCUCCCGUCUAUCCUCCAGCGGGGCGCCCAGCUGA